AUGGGUGGUGGUGGUGGUGGUGGCGGCGGCGGCAGAGACUUAUUUAGUGCAGGGACAGAUACAACAUCAGCCACAUUAGAAUGGGCAAUGGCAGAGCUAAUGAGAAGGCCUGAAGCAAUGGCAAAAGCUCGAAAUAAGCUGGAAAAAAUGAUUGGCAGGGAUGGACAUAGACUAGUUCAAGAAUCAGACAUCCCAAGCCUCCCUUACUUGCAAGCAGUAGUAAAAGAGACCUUCCGAUUGCACCCAGCUGCCCCACUUCUACUUCCUCACAAGGCUGAAGCUGAUGUAGAAAUAUGUCGCUUCACCGUGCCCAAAAACACACAAGUCCUUGUUAAUGUUUGGGCUAUGGGGCGCGAUUCAAACAUUUGGUCGAACCCAAGUUCGUUUUUACUGGAAAGGUUCUUAAAGCAUAAAACGAACUUUAGAGGCCAAGAUUUCGAGCUAAUUCCCUUUGGUGCAGGACGAAGGGUGUGCCCUGGAAUGCCAUUGGCUUCUCGGAUGGUGCACCUUAUGUUGGCCUCUCUUUUGCACUCUUUCCAUUGGAAGCUUGAAGAAAGGGUGAAACCAGAGGACAUUGACAUAAAUGACAAGUUUGGGCUUUCAUUGCAGAAAGCCAUACCUCUCAAGGCUAUUGCAAUUAAACUGUGA